UGUUUGAAAACAUCUGAUCCACGGAGAGACACGCGUCUGCUCGGCCCACUCUCGGUCCCCGCACGUGAGGAUUUGUGACGUCACAGGAGGAACGUUUCCCUUCAUAUCCUCACGCGAGUGAAGGGACGCGCGACAUCCGUGUGCGUGAGCGCGCUUCCUCUCGCAUUAGCCAAUCAGAGCGCCGUGCGCUGCGUCCUAUAAAGGCCGUGGGCCGCCGAGCCUCCCUGCUCAGUGUCUCCGCUGUCCUGAGAACCACUGACCAGACCUGCGUCUCUCAUCUACCGCAACCGUAAAGAUGGCGGCCCGGGUGGUAGUAUUUUUCAAGACCAUGCAAGCAGCUCGAUGUCCAACGGACGAGUUGUCCCUGACCAACUGUGCCGUGGCCAACGAGAAGGACCUGCCGUCGGGACAACACGUGACCGUGAAGACGACCCCCAACCACAAGUUUGUCUUCACAGUCAAAACCCACCACAGUGUCACCCCUGGAACUAUUGCCUUCAGUCUGGCACAGAGGAAGUGGGCGGGGCUUUCCAUUGGUCAGGAGGUCGAAGUGUCCAACUACAACUUUGACAAGUCCAAGCAGUGCAUCGGUGCCAUGACCAUUGAAAUUGACUUCCUGCAGAAGAAGAGCACGGACUCGUCUCCCUACGACUCUGACAAGAUGGCGGCCGAGUUCAUCCAGCAGUUCAACAACCAGUCCUUCUCUGUCUCUCAACAGCUGGUGUUCAGUUUCUGUGAUAAGCUGUUUGGUCUGGUGGUGAAGGACAUCGAGGCCAUGGACACCAGCAUCCUCAAAGCAGAAGCUCCGUCUGGGAAGAAACAGCAGAAGAUCGACCACGGGCUGAUGGUGGGAAACAGUCAGGUGAUUUUUGAGAAGGCAGAAAACUCCCCCCUCACACUGGUCGGGAAGGCCAAGACCAAGGAGGCCCGACAGACCAUCAUCAACCCAGACUGGAACUUUGAGAAGAUGGGAAUCGGAGGUCUGGACAAGGAGUUCUCUGACAUUUUCCGGAGAGCCUUUGCUUCCAGAGUCUUUCCUCCAGACAUCGUUGAACAAAUGGGAUGUAAACACGUGAAGGGCAUCUUGCUGUUCGGCCCCCCAGGCUGUGGUAAGACACUGAUGGCCAGGCAGAUCGGAAAGAUGCUGAACGCCCGGGAGCCAAAGGUCGUCAAUGGACCCGAGAUCCUGAACAAAUACGUGGGCGAGUCUGAGGCCAACAUCCGCAAACUGUUCGCUGAUGCAGAGGAGGAGCAGAAGAGGCUGGGGGCCAACAGUGGUCUCCACAUCAUCAUCUUUGACGAGCUGGAUGCCAUCUGCAAGCAGAGAGGAACGGGGGCCAGCAGCACGGGGGUGCACGACACCGUGGUCAACCAGCUUCUGUCCAAGAUCGACGGAGUGGAGCAGCUCAACAACAUCCUGGUCAUUGGAAUGACCAACAGACCCGACCUGAUCGACGAGGCUCUGAUGAGACCCGGCAGGUUUGAAGUCAAGAUGGAAAUCGGUCUGCCCGAUGAGAAAGGUCGCCUUCAGAUCCUCAACAUUCACACCAGUAAGAUGCGAAACUUCAACCUCCUGGCCAGUGAUGUGGAUGUCAAGGAGCUGGCAGCAGAGACCAAGAACUACAGCGGUGCUGAACUGGAGGGUCUGGUCCGGGCGGCCCAGUCCACGGCCAUGAACCGACACAUCAAGGCUACGUCUACUGUAGAGGUGGACAUGGAGAGGGCAGAGAAGCUGCUGGUCACCAGAUCAGACUUCAUGGGCUCCCUGAAUAAUGACAUCAAACCUGCCUUCGGCACCAACCAGGAGGAUUACUCCAGCUACAUCAUGAACGGUAUCAUCAAGUGGGGCGACCCCGUGACCCACGUCAUGGACGACGGCGAGCUGCUGGUGCAGCAGACCAAGAACAGUGACCGCACGCCGCUGGUGACCGUGUUGUUGGAGGGCCCCCCCCACAGUGGGAAGACGGCCCUGGCGGCUAAGAUUGCGGAGGACUCUCAGUUCCCGUUCAUUAAGAUCUGCUCUCCAGACAAGAUGAUCGGUCACUCGGAGAUCUCCAAGUGCCAGGCAAUCAAAAAGUUCUUUGACGACGCCUACAAGUCCCAGCUCAGCUGUGUGGUGGUGGACGACAUCGAACGUCUGCUGGACUACGUCCCCAUCGGUCCACGCUUCUCCAACCUGGUCCUUCAGGCUCUGCUGGUCCUCCUGAAGAAGCCCCCGCCCAAGGGUGGUUUGCUGCUCAUCAUCGGCACCACCAGCAGGAAGGACGUGCUGCAGGAGAUGGAGAUGUUGGACGCCUUCAGCACCACCAUCCACGUCCCCAACAUUUCUACUGGAGAACAGCUGGUCGAUGCCCUGGAGCUCCUGGGCAGCUUCACAGAUAAAGAACGAGCCAGGAUCUCACAGCAGCUCAAAGGGAAGAGAGUCUGGAUCGGAAUAAAGAAACUCCUGGUCCUCAUCGAGAUGUCGCUGCAGAUGGACCAGGACUACAGAGUGACCAAGUUCCUGUCUCUGCUCAGAGAUGAGGGGGCGUUGAAUGAGGGAGAGCAGAUCAGAAUGUAGUGUGUUCUUCAGGGACACUGUUCUGAAAGCCAAAUAACAGCAGUGACCGCAGCUUCUUUGAGUAGGAGGGCGGGGCCUAACCAUCACCACACGAGGACAAGAUGACCAUGAAGAGAUCUUCCUCCUGUCUCUCACCCCCCCCCUCGUGUCGUCCCCCCCCCCUGAAUAUCUAAACACUUCCGGUGGAUGAGGAGAGCGCCCGUGUCUCUCUCCCUCUCAGCAUGUCUCAACUGGACGAUCCUCACCCGUGUCUCACCCUCUUCCUACUUCACUUCAUUGUCAACAUGCUGACCAAUCACAGCAGCCGGCUGUUAUAAACCUGUAACUGUAAAGAUAUGACGGUAGAAAUCUGUAAAAAAAACAAAGAAAAAAAAAAGAAAAGAAAAACUAACUGUUUUGUGCAUAAAAAUAAGAUGACAAAUAUAUUUACUGUAUGUUUUAGCUUCAACGUUGACGUAUUUGUGGCAGAUUUUUAGCUGAAUGUAGUUGUUGUUUGUGUGGUGGAGUGUGACUGA